AUAUUUAUUUUCGGUAUCUUAAUCUUCCCAGUUAUUUAUUUCUAAAAUAAAAAAUUGCCGAUUGCAGUCUUUUCAGAUUUAUCCGAUAUAGCCAUGCUGCGUCCAUUUUUCAGCAUAAUCCGACGCUCUUUCGUCAGUAACAUGAGUGAGCGCCAGACAGCUUUGGUUGCUCGCGGAUUGCCCAAGAAGGAACCGAUUAUGGGAGUUCAGGACAUUAUAGUCGUUGCGUCUGGAAAGGGGGGAGUUGGCAAAAGCACAGUAGCAGCGAAUUUUGCUUGCAGCAUGGCCAAACUGGGGAAGCGAGUGGGCCUGCUGGAUGGGGAUAUAUUCGGUCCGACUGUACCCCUUCUGAUGAAUAUCCAUUGUGAGCCGGUUUUGAACGAUCAGAAUCUUAUGAUUCCCCCGCAAAAUUACAAUGUUAAAUGCUUGUCAAUGGGCAUGAUCACACCCUCGGAAGGCUCAGUUAUCUGGCGCGGCCCUCUUGUCAUGUCAGCCAUACAACGGCUUUUAAAGGGUGCGGAAUGGGGACCGUUAGAUGUUUUAGUUGUAGAUACUCCACCGGGAACUGGGGAUGUUCAUCUUUCGCUGUCCCAGAACGUACCAAUCACAGGCGUUAUCCUCGUAACCACUCCUCAUAGUGCUGCCGUUCAGGUGACCGUAAGGGGUGCUAGGAUGUACGAAAAAUUGAAUGUUCCCAUCUUUGGUCUUGUGGAAAACAUGAGGUACUCCACUUGUGAAAAUUGUAAUCAACGAAUCGAGUUUUUUAAAAAUAGCUCAACAAAUUCUCUACCCCACAAGCUUAUUUCCCUCCCGUUGCACUCGCACAUAGCGGAGUGCAGCGAGAUUGGUGUGCCCAUUGUAAUCAAGUAUCCAGAAAGCAAAUACUCAAACCUAUUUACACAAUUGGCGAAGAAGAUUUCGGAAAUUCUUGAUAAACAAAAGGGUCGUUAGUAAAAGAUAAAUGGUGGUGUCUCUUAAUAUUAGCUGUUUAAAUUUGAUUAAAAAAUAUAAACCAGA